AUGUGUUUUUAAUAUAAUGGUGGGAACAAUCGUAAUGUGGAUGGCAUAGAAUAAGUUCUUAUCAAUGGCAAGUGGGUGUUAGCUGAUGAUGUAUCUCAAAUUAACUAGGCAAUUAAAAACUCAAUAAAUGAGGAAUAAAAUGAAGGAUAAAUUAUGAAUUAAGAUUAACCAAAGGUGGAACCCUAAUAGUAAAAAUAAGGUGGAAAUGAAGAAAUUCAAGUUUAAGAAGAUGGAUAAUAAUAAUAACCAUAACCAAUUAAGGAUCAAUUCUGA